AAGCCCCGCAGGACCAGUGGACCACGAAAGAAGCGAACAAAAACCAAAGCCCAAGCUCCUCUGGAACCGGACACCUCCGAGUCAUCCCCACGAGAUAAAAUAAACCCCCCCAUCCUUCUCCAUCCCCUUCUCACCAACCUCAUCAUCUCAGAAAGCUCCCUUCCUGUCUCUCACUUUCCACCAUAGCUUUCAUUUUUCCCUCAACUUUUUUUAUAAGUGGAUUUAUAUAUCCUUCCCUCAGCAGCCUUAGCUUCAGCUUUCCACCAUCCGCCCAUCUCCAUCCUUCCUUUGUGCAACGUUCAACUCCUCCCCUCUUUCUCCUCUCACAAACCCAUCUCCCCUUCUAUUUUUCCUACCAAAACCCCUCCUCUGAAGGCACCUGUAAACCACAAAAACACCUCCUAUCUCCAAUCCGGUCAACAUUAGUUUGUCCACCGCGUCUCAACCCCCAAACUCCCCUUCAUCAAUCCCCAUCAUCCUAAUCUCUUCCAACGUUAUAAUAAGAAUGCCAUUCCUUCUCUUCUCCAUCCUCUCUCCAGGCUAGACUCGGAGGGUAUCAAUCGAGUCCAGUUCCACGCGCCGCUUCUCAAGUCCCGGUUGAUUUGUAAAGGGUUUCGGGGUGAUGAUGACGACGGAUCCGGCGGAUGAGGGGGGCAUCGCCAGCCUCGUGGCUGCCCGGCGGUCGCUGCGGGCGAGCCUGGACAAGUCGCAGGCGCUCUCGGCGGCGCUGGCACGCGCUGGACCCCGCCUCGACGAGAUCCAGCAGCGCCUCCCCACACUCGAGGCCGCCGUCCGCCCGAUCUGCGCCCACCGCGACGCCCUCGCCGCCGUCGGCGGCCACAUCGACCGUGCCGUCGGUCCCGCGGCCGCCGUCCUCAAGGUGUUCGACGCCGUCCACGGCCUCGAGCUGCCCCUCCUUUCCGACCCCCAAGCCGACCUUCCCGGCUACCUCUCCGUCCUCAAGCGCCUCGAGGAGGCCCUCCGCUUCCUCUCCGACAACUGCAGCCUCGCCAUCCAGUGGCUCGACGACAUCGUCGACUACCUCGACGACCACUCGGUGGCCGACCCCCGCUUCUUAUCUGCUCUGAAAACCUCCCUCGCAGCCCUCAAGACCUCCUCCUCCCCCCUCGACGGCGGCCUCCUCGACGCCGCCCUCGACAAGCUCGAGGCCGAGUUCCGCCGCCUCCUCGCCGACCAUAGCACCCCCCUCCCCAUGCCCUCCUCCUCCUCCUCCCCCGCCGAUGACGGCGGUGGCGUCGCUAUCGCCCCCUCCCCUCUUCCGGUUCCGGUCAUCCACAAGCUGCUCGCCAUCCUCGAGCGCAUGACCGCGAGCAACCGCCUCGACCGCUGCGUCGCCGCGUACAUCGACGUCCGGGGCUCCAACGUCCGCGCCAGCCUUCGCGCCCUCAAUCUCGACUACCUCGAGAUCACCUCCGCCGGAUUCGACGACGUCCAGAGCAUCGAGCCCUACAUCGACCGCUGGGGCCGCCACCUCGAGUUCGCCGUCAAGCACCUCUUUGAGGCCGAGUACAAGCUCUGCGGCGAGGUCUUCGAACGCGCCGGUCCCCCUGAAGUCUGGGCUGCCUGCUUCGCCGAGAUCGCCGCCCAGGCCGGCAUGCUUGCCUUCCUCCGCUUCGGGAAGACCGUCACCGAGGCCAAGAAGGACCCUAUCAAGCUCCUCAAGCUUUUGGACAUCUUCAACUCCUUGAACAAGCUGAGGCUGGACUUCAAUCGCCUCUUCGGCGGGAAGGCCUGCGUCGAGAUCCAGAACCUCACCAGAGAUCUCAUCAGGCGGGUGAUUGAUGGAGCCUGCGACAUCUUCUGGGAGCUUCUGGUUCAGGUGGAGCUACAGAGGCAGACUCCGCCGCCCUCGGAUGGCGCCGUCCCGAGGCUGGUGAGCUUCAUCACGGAUUAUUGCAACAAGCUUCUCGGCGAGGACUACCACCCGGUUCUCACACAGGUUCUGAUCAUUCAUCGGAGUUGGAAGCAGGAGAAGUUCCAGGAGAGGCUUCUGACCGAUGCCAUUCUCAAUAUAAUCAAGGCCCUGGAGGCAAAUUUCGAGACUUGGUCCAAGGGAUACGAGGACACGACCCUCUCCUACCUCUUCAUGAUGAACACGCACUGGCAUUUCUACAAGCACUUGAAAGGUACCAAGCUGGGCGAGUUGUUAGGGGAUGCAUGGCUGAGGGAGCACGAGCAGUACAAAGAGUACUCUGCUGCGAUGUUCUUGAAGGAGAGCUGGGGAAAGCUCCCCUCUUUGUUGAGUAGGGAGGGCCUGAUUUUGUUUUCCGGGGGAAGGGCCACGGCUCGGGAUUUGGUGAAGAAGAGGUUGAAGGCAUUCAAUGAGACAUUCGAUGAGAUGUAUCAGAGGCAGUCAAAUUGGGUCAUAUCGGACAAGGACUUGAGGGAGAAGACUUGCCAUCUUGUGGUGCAAGCGAUCGUUCCCGUGUAUCGCAGCUAUAUGCAGAACUAUGGUCCUCUAGUGGAGCAGGAUGCGAGUGCGAGCAAGUAUGCCAAGUACACGGCCCCGACAUUGGAGAAGAUGCUCACAUCUCUCUUUCAGCAUAAGCCUGGGAAGUCUGCAAGCUUUAGGGUUAGGCACUCCAAUGGAAAAGUUAACAGUGUCAUGGCCAGCCAAUUUUGCUCCGCUUCGGUUGUAAUGUGAUCAAAGCCUUUUCCAUUGGCUAAGUUGAAGGAAAAGGGAUAUGCUUUUAUUUGUUUGCCCAUCAGUCCAAAAGUUUAGAAAUGGAUUGCACGGCAAUUGGUGUCUCGGCACUGGUUGUGUUUGUGCAUAUGCUGAUACUUGCAGACGUGGCAUGCGUUGGCGGAUUUACAUGAAAUUUUUUCAAAUGAUUUGUGAUAGAUUAGCAGGGAUGCAAAGACUAGCCACAGUUGAAGUAUGAAAAAAACCGGUUCCCUGCAUGGCCUGUUUGGUGCUGAGAGCAGUCGCAUGACCAUAAGCUUCGGAAGAGCAAAUUCUGUAGAUGGUGAUGAUGGGAUUGGUUCCUCGGCACAUUGCUGUUAGAAGGAAAAAGCUUCGGGGCUCCUAUUAUGCGCGCAUGAAAAGUUCAUCAGGCUUCAACUGCUGGUUUGGCAAGUCCAUGCUUAACCAAACCAUGUUGCCAAUAAAUCCUGUUUCAUCUCAUCACACGCCGUGGUGGAUGGUGUAACCCUGGAUGCUGUCCGAUGAAACAGCGCCACCAUCGGGCGUUUUAGUGCAUCUCAAAUGAGUCCAGUUUCUUAUCAGGUCAGCAAUUCUACCAUCUUCUCCCAGAAGGGUCUCACUACCUACAACUACAUUAUAGAUUCCAGCUCUCCUUCCGAUCAUUGAGAUCUUCACCCAUCAAACGAGUCAAGGCUCCAGAUUUUCUGGCUAAAUCGAUGCUCGCCAUUUUAUGCCUCAGCUUUGUAGUAGUUUUCUAUGUGACCACUCUUUUUCUCAGAAGCUGGUGGGAUGAAGAAAGCGUGGAGCCUCUUCUGGCCCUCAUGUGUCCUCACCCACCAUGGCGGCCAAUUCUCAUGCUAUUGGAUUGCAGUAUUCUUGAUAUUGACCCUUAUUCAGAUGAUUCGAUGCCGGGUUGGUAAAUUAUUGGUUGGACCAAAUCCACCAGUUCAGCAGUAGACCAAUCCAACCAAGGGAUACAUCUGUAUGGCUCUUCUUUCCUUCCAUUUCUUUUUCGGAUAUUAUUACCUAUACUAUAUGUACUAACAUAACCGUGCAUGUCGCUUGUUUCCAUGGUGGUCUGCUAAGAUAUAUACUUGAUAAAUAGGGCCCAUAAGAACUAAUGACUAUUAUUGCCUGCAUCCAUGGCCACAUAGUGGACACAGAGUAGGCAAUAAUUUUUCUUUUCUUUUCGUCCGUGCAUAAGUGUGUUCUUUUGUAGUCUAAUUGGUCCACUGUUGAGCUGGUGGACCUAGUUCAAUCAAUAACUACUCCAUCUUCCUUUCUCUCAUCAA